AUGGAGGAUGAGGACUCUUGCACUUACCUGCAGGAUAAAACUCCAACGCCAAUACCAGGUACUUAUGCAGUACAAGAUUUUCUUCAGGAAGCCCAGCUCAACCCCGUGAAGCCCAUGUACAGUUUUAAAGGAGAAGGCAGAAGGAGAAUACCCAUCUACAAACGAACAGCUGAUAACUCACUACCAAGUGUUUCUGCGUACGUUCCUCCUACUUUCAUAGAUUUGGCAGGGAAAAAGCUAGCAAUGUAUUCAUUUAAAAACUUACCAAGAAGAAGUCCCAGUACCUUAUGUUUUAAAGACAAGGAUAUUAACCCUGCACCAGGACAGUAUGACAUCAGCUCUCCUCCAGUCUCCACAUUUGCUUCCAAACAGUUUAUGUUUCGUUCCGCUGUCCAGAGGUCCUCAAAUAAUUACUUCAUUCCAAAAGAAGGCCCAGGACCAGGUCACUACGAAAUAAAGAAAGAACGAUCUCGCACUGUGGGCUCAUGUUUCCAGUCGAAAGUACCCAGGAUGCUGCCAGUCCGCUCAGUGAGUAAUCUGAAAUAUUAUCCGAUAAAUAGUGUAUCUCAACAGCCUGAAAUUAAUCACUCGGGGUCAUCUCUAAAAGCAACAAUUACAAAGAAUCAGUUUCGGAAAUAUUUCCUGAGGCUGAGAAAGGUGAGACUUUGGCUAUGGAAAGAAAAUACUUCUAAAGAAGAUACUCCAGGGCCUGGAGCCUAUGAGCCCACAAGACAGUUUCCAAAGCAGCCACGAACUAUUGCUAGCUUGGGUCAGGAGCACAGCAUCUUCUUCAGCACUACAGAUGGGUUUUAG